ACGUGAGGAAAAAGUCUAAAUCAGUGACCUAAUUCCCUGACCCACAAAUUAAUAUUUCAUUAUGAGAAAUAAAACGUGGUUGUUGAAUUAGCUGCCUUUGUUAUUUUAUUUAUUUACACACAGGAGCUGAGUCAACAUGGGCACAAGAAAGGACAAUUAGAAAGGCUUACUUUUUUCAUGGGCCGCCAAUCUGAAGUUGAUUUCUUUAUGUUUGGUAAGAGUGGGACUACAAGUUCAAGGCAAGAGCCGUGAUAAGCUUUGCAAAUUGCACAAAAUUAUUGACCCAGCAAACCAUUGUUGACCAACCAUUUAAACUAGACAUGCAUGACUUUCUCCAUGUAUAGUAUUUUAUUCUUAUUUUCAGCAACCAUUACCUACCCUGUUGUUAUAUAUAUUUCUGCUGUGUGCAAAAUUCACAUUCUAACAUCUGCAGAGUACCUUUUCUUAUCAAACCAUGGCCAUGCUUAGAGCUUUGAGCGUGAGAAACCACCGGAGGUAUGAACGGUUAGAACAGCCAAUUGAUGACCCUGAGGUUAGCCUUUUGGGAGGCAAGUUGCCGAGGACCACAAGUGUUCCAGCUCAAUUUUUGUCAAGAAAAUUAACACCGGCGUUAGCCAUGCCAUCCAAUUCCCAGGCUAAGUCUACCAAAAAGAGCAAGAGUCAUCCGCUUUUCAGCCUCUUUGACGGCCGCCGGCAUAGAAAGAAAACAACGGCUAAACCUGAAUUUGCAAGGUAUUUAGAGUAUGUAAAGGAGGGAGGUGUAUGGGAUCGGAGUUCAAAUAUGCCCGUCAUAUACUACAAAUGAAACUGCUUUUGGAAUCAAUAAUUUCAUUCUUUACUGUAUUUUUUUUCUCAACUUCCCGAAUCUUGUAAACCAAGUUCUAUGUCAAUUCAAGUUUCAUUAAAGAUUUGAUUAAAUUUUGCAAAUACAACAAACGUUUUUUCUUCUAGAAUAAAGAAGAACAACCUUCUUGGAAAAAAUUGUCAUUUCAACUAUGAAAUGGUUGAUCAUCCAACUGAAGUGUUUAAGUCCUUUAAGCAGCGAAGUCGAUCGAUUGCUUGGGGUUUUCUUUUCAAAGUUCCAUCUCAAGGAGUGAGCAUUUACGGUUGCAUGUUGGUGUACUGUAUGUAAUACUAGGGGUGAACAUUUUGGGUAUAGGAUAAGUAUAAAUUACAUUUAAUACU